AUGUCCUCAUCGGACGCGCCGUUGAGCCCGAAGGCCGUUUCUUGUCCGGCAAAGGUACUAGUUGCGGGUGGCUACCUCGUACUUGACCGGGAAUAUACAGGCCUGGUAUUCGGUUUAGACGCGAGGAUUCACACCGUUGUCGAACCUAUCAAAACGAGGUCCGGUGUGACGAUCAAUGAGAUCCUUGUGACAAGUCCUCAGUUCCGUGAGGCAAUCUGGGAGUAUGGAUACCGGUCGCAGAGUGAAGACGGAGGCAUUACAAUCACACAAUUGAGCGUCGGCCAUGAGCAAUCUAUCGCCAGAUCUCGCAACCCAUUCAUAGAAACCGCUCUAACAUAUGCAUUAACAUAUAUCCACGCCCUUCUCCCAAAGACUCUCAUCCAACCUUCCAGCAUCCGGAUUCUAGCUGAUCAAGCUUAUUACUCCAACCCAGGCGUCACCCGUAGCUCCAACCAAAUCUCCCAGCCGCACAAAAUUUCUCGUUUCCAGGACUUCAACGUGAGCCUGAAGGAGGCGCAUAAGACGGGACUGGGAAGUAGCGCAGCACUGGUCACAAGUUUUACGGCAGCAGUACUAGGAUUCUACCUUCCAAGAGAACUGUUCGACGUACGAACAGAAAAGGGCCAAACUAUCCUCCACAAUCUUGCUCAAGCCUCUCACUCACAUGCUCAAGGCAAAGUCGGAAGCGGUUUUGACAUCGCCUCUGCCGUCUUCGGAUCAUGCCUAUACAAGCGUUUCUCGCCGUCCCUCCUGGGUAACCUACCUCAGCCUAGCAGUCCAGGUUUCGCAACACAGUUGCGUUCCUUAGUCGAAGGGCCGACAUGGGACACUGAGAUACAGAAAGCUGCUAUCAAGAUGCCCGAGGGUCUGCGACUGGUCAUGUGCGACGUCGACUGCGGAAGUGAAACACCGGGUAUGGUCAAAAAAGUCCUCGCCUGGAGAUCACAGAAACCAGAAGAAGCGGAGAAGAUCUGGAAAGAGCUACAAAGCGGCAAUGAGGCCCUAGCUGCUGAGCUUACGCGUCUGGCGACAGAGGUAAAAGGCGACAAUGCAUCGAAACAUGACACCCUGAGGAAGAUCAUCGAUGGCAACCGCGCUCUGAUUCGCGACAUGGGCGAGAAGUCAGGGGUGCCUAUUGAGCCGCCUCAGCAAACACGUCUGCUAGACUAUUGCUCGAAACUCGACGGUGUUGUCGGCGGCGUCGUACCCGGCGCUGGUGGUUUCGAUGCUAUUGUCUUACUUGUGGAGGACAAAGAGGCCAUCAUCGGAUCGCUCAAGACUUCUCUUGCGGAGUACAAAGACCUUGAGGCAAUUGGCAGGGUCGGUGUUAUAGGUGUAAGGGAAGAAAUGGUGGGCGUUAAAGAGGAAGAACUGAGUCUGUACAAGGAGUGGGAGGCGGCUUCUUGA